AGUAUCUUUGCAAAACCUAUCACUUCCAGGCAGAGUUCUCACACUUCGAAUCCCUUAAAUCCCACAAUUCUAGUCGCUACAUUGACUGUCUCGACUCUGCCGCGUCUCUGAGGUCCCAAUAAUACAAAUACAAUGCUAGGUCAUCGCUGUCUUCCAAAUCCGUUUCCGGAUUUUGUCCCCGGCGAGGGACAGACGGCGGCCAAUGAUAAGCAAAUCAAAAGUUUGAUUAAGCUGUACGUGGAGACCAUUCUGGAGAAGAAUGAUUCGGAUGUGGACGAGCGCGGCGAUUUGUAUGUCGGAGAUGCGGGCAUUAGCUUCAUGUUUUGGAAGCUGCACACAUCGGAGCAGACGCGCCCGAUGUUCCCCGAUGCAUUGCAGCAUGCCCUCGCUUUGAUGGGCAACGCCAAGGAGAAGUGCAAGCAGCACUUGAAGCGCGCCUCGGACCGUUUCUCCUUUAUCUGUGGCAACGCUGGGAUAUAUGCCGUCUCCGCAGCCAUCUCGGCCGCACUCCACGACACCAAUACCCUGUCCAUGGAUCUGGAUAUUUUCAAGACGGGCAUUCCGUCCAGCUUGGAGAAACUGCACACGAAAACUGGCUGCGACGAUUUCAUGCAGGGACGUGCCGGCUAUCUGUCUGGCUGCUACUGGCUCAACGAGGUUCUCGGACGGAAGGAGAUCCCCGACGACGUGCUGAUCUCCAUUUGCCAGAAGAUCGUGCAGAGUGGCCGUGAGUACAGCCGGAUCCGUAAGAGCCAGUCGCCGCUGAUCUAUCAGCACCAUGGCACCCAGUAUCUGGGAGCGGCCCAUGGCAUGUGCGGCAUUUUCCACAUGCUGCUCGACAGUCCCUGGUUCCGGACAACACCCAUCUCCGCCCCGGAAGACGUGGUACGCGACCUUAAGAUCUCCAUUGACCUCUUCGUCAGACUUCAGAACAGCGUGGGAAACUUUCCGGUGUCCAUGGAGGACUUGUCCACGGGAAGGGAUCCAGACCGGCGCCUGGUGCACUGGUGUCACGGCGCACCCGGGGCAGUCUACUUGCUGGCCAAGGCCUACUUGAUCUUCAACGAGGAGAAGUACUUGACGGCCAUACGGCACGCGGGCGAUCUUGUCUGGAACAGGGGCGUCUUGCGCAAGGGACCUGGCAUCUGUCACGGCGUGGCCGGGGGUGGCUAUGUCUUUCUGCUGCUCUUCCGCCUGACCAACGAGAUGAUGUACCACUACAGGGCUCUCAAGUUCAUGGAGCUGCUGACCAAUCCAGUCUUCCAGGAGCAGGCUCGCAUGCCCGAUCGUCCCCAGAGCCUCUUCGAGGGAAUGGCUGGCACUGUGUGCUUUCUGAUCGACCUUUUGGAUCCGGAGCGGGCCUCAUUCCCCUUCAUGGAUGUGUUUCACUAGUGUCUAUCGUUACGGCCCCCCCCCAGUUUGACUUUUGUUAGUUGUUUAUGUGAAUAAAAUUACAAAAUUGGUGC